AUGUUUCGGGCAACUAAAACCUGCAGCGGAAGUCAAAUCUUAAAAAAAAAUCAAAAGAUCUUGUCGAGACAUCAUUCCCGAGCACUCACACGUUCUUCAUCAUCCUUUCAAAAAAGAAUCCAUCCACAACACUACUGGGGUGCUAGCACGACUCAAUUUAAUCUUUCCUUUGGCCGAUCAAUUGACCACCAUUGCUACUCCGAUUUAGUAACAAGCCUUUCAUCAAGACAAUCCCAACAACAACAACAACGAAAUAUUUCAACCUUUGUAUUUAAAGAAGAAGACGACGAAGAAAUGUCAGAACUUUACAAGAGAAAUGAUUUGGUAUUUAAUUUAACUGCCGAGCAAAUUGAGAAGGAAACAACAGCCUUGAUCGAGAAAUCAAAGGCUGUCCAUGAUGCAGUUGCCAAUCUUCCAGAAUCGGAACGAACCUUUGAAAGCGUCAUUUUGCCCAUUGCCUAUGACGAGGCUUACUGCUCCAUUCAGGAGAAUAACCUUACCUUCCCAAGUUAUGUAAGUCCAAACAAGGAAGUCAGAGAUGCUGGAUCCAAUGCUGAAGAAAGACUCUCUGAAUUCACCAUUGAAGUUUUGAUGCGUGAAGAUGUUUACAGAGCUGUAAAAUAUGUUCAUGAAAAGAUGCAAAAGGAAUUGGACAAGUACGACGAAGAGGAUAAGAGAUUGGUGAAAAGAAUUUUGAGAGAUUAUGAACGCAACGGUUUGGGUCUUCCUGAAGAAAAGAGAUCCAAAGUGAAGGAACUCAAGAAUACCCUUUCGAAACUUUGUAUUCAAUUCACAAAGAAUAUUGCUGAAGAUAAGACAGUUCUCACAUUCACAAAGGAAGAAUUGAGUGGAGUACCAGAAGAUGUCAUCAACAACUACAAGACCUCUGAAGAGGAUCCAAAUAAGAGAGUUGUCACACUCAAAUAUCCUGAUGCCAUGCCAAUCAUGAAAUACUGUAAAGUUGAGGAAACUAGACGUAAGCUCGAAAUUGCAAGAGCUUCUCAAUGUCAGGAAAUUAACGUACCACUUUUCGAGCAAGCUGUUAAAAUCAGACAACAAAUUGCAGAGCUCAUGGGAUACAAGACUCACGCAGAUUAUGUUUUAGAGGUAAACAUGGCCACUCCAGACGAGGUUCUCACAUUCCUUAACAAUCUUAAGGAAAAACUCAUCCCUGGAGGAAAACAAGAAUUGCAAACUUUGAAAGAGAUGAAAGGUUCAGAAGUCUAUUCAUGGGACUAUCUCUACUUGUUGACCAAGUUGAAGGAAGAGAAAUACAAUGUUGAUGACAACUUGAUCAAGGAAUAUUUCCCUCUUGAUGUGACAUUGAAUGGAUUAUUGUCCAUCGCGCAAGAAACAUUCUCUCUUCGUUUCGAAGAGGUCAAAGACACACCUGUGUGGUAUGAAGAUGUGAAACUGUAUGCUGUUUUCGAUAAGGAAACCGAUGCUUUCUUGGGACAAUGGUACAUUGAUAGCUUCCCACGUGAAGGAAAGUAUUCUCACUUUGCUGCCUUUCCAUUGAGUCCUCACUUUUAUGAUGAACACAAGAAGGAACACUAUCCUGUUUCUGCAAUGGUGUGCAAUUUCACCAAGCCAUCUGCUGAGACUGGUGUCUCGUUGUUAAAACACGAUGAGGUGAUUACCUUACUUCACGAAUUUGGACACUUGUGUCACGGAUUCUUAUCGAGAACAAAAUAUGCACGAUUCAGUGGUACCCGUGUAGAGAGAGACUUUGUUGAAAUGCCUUCUCAAUUCUGGGAGAACUUUGGAUGGGAAAAGGAGGGUUUAAAGAAACUCAGCUCUCACUACAAGACAAAGGAGCCAUUACCUGAUGAUUUGAUUGAAAAGAUGAUUGCAGCCAAGAAUGUCGGUGUUGCCUUGUUCAAUCUUCGCCAAUUGUUCUUUGGUAUCUUUGAUAUGACUUGUCACACUCUCUCCACUUCAGAAGAAGCUGAAAAAUUGAACAGUGGUGAACUCUGGAGAAAAUUAAGACGUGAAGUGACCUUAUUGGAUGCUCCUGAAGGUACCAAUGGAGCUGGUAGCUUUGGACACUUGAUGGGAGGUUAUGACUCUGGAUAUUAUGGUUAUUUGUAUAGUGAAGUCUUCUCAACGGAUAUGUUCAGUGUGUUCAAAAAGACUGGAAUCUUCAAUCCUGAAACUGGAAAGAAAUUGAGACGAGUUGUUUUGGAGAGAGGAGGAUCCAAAGAUGGUGGAGACAUGUUGAGAGAAUUUUUGGGACGAGAACCUUCACAAGACGCCUUCUUGGAAGAUAUUGGUUUGUUGAAACGUUAG